AAAGCUGCACAGCUGGCAACUUAAGACAAGAGUCGCCACACGGAGCAACUGGUGGGACGCUGCCCUGCUGAUUGUACCCGUGAUUGAUGGAGGACAAGAGUUAAAACAGGUACUGAUUUAUUUAUCAAUCUUCUGUCGAAGGGGCCUCAGUCCAUGAAGUUCUGGAACAACAGAUUAAGCAACCAGCACCGCUCUCUCCACUGGAACCAUUACAACCUCCUUAAUACUGGCACCAUAAGCUGAAAUAAUGGAGAAGUUGAGGCACAGGCAGGAGUUAGUGGUCAGUCUUCUGUUUGGGUUGUGGCUUCCUCAUUGUUUAACCCAGACCACACCGCCAAGCAGAGCCAACUUGGCAUCUACUCCAUCUGGGUCACUUCAGGCUCAGCCCGAGCAGCUGAAGGUCAGACUGGGUGGGUACCCCCGAAAACACAAUGAGGGGCGGGUAGAGCUGUUCUACAAAGGAGAGUGGGGAACCAUCUGUGAUGACGACUUCUCAAUAGCCAACGCUAACGUCCUCUGUCGUCAGCUGGGCUUUGUCUCGGCCACUGGAUGGAUUCACAGCGCCAAAUACGGCAAAGGCCAAGGAAAAAUCUGGUUGGACAAUGUGCUGUGUAAUGGAGGUGAGAAGAGCAUAGGACUCUGCAAGUCUCGAGGAUGGGGAAACAGUGACUGCACUCAUGAUGAAGAUGCUGGAGUUGUUUGUAAAGAUGAGAGGAUUCCUGGUUUUGUAGACUCAAACAUUAUUGACGCCCAAGUUGAUGAGAAGAAAGUGGAGGAGGUGCGACUCCGUUCUGUCAUUGCCCCAGGCAGGAAGAAGUUGCCCAUCACUGAGGGUGUGGUGGAGGUGAAACACAAAGACGGCUGGGCACAGAUCUGUGACUUGGGAUGGACAAUCAAAAACACCCACGUAGUCUGUGGCAUGCUGGGAUUCCCGCAUGAAAGGAAGGUCAACAAGAACUUCUACAAACAUCUGAAAAAGCGAGCAGCUGAGAGGGUCUCCGGUCCAAAGGUUAAUGUUUCAGCUGGUGGAAGGCAACCAUCCAAAGCUAAAGCUAACUCUAGGUCUAAACAGAGCAACCGUGGCAAAAGGUUGUAUUUGGAGCGCCAAAAGAACUACUACCUCAUCCACUCUUUGGCGUGUACAGGCACAGAGGUCCAUCUGGCAGCCUGUCCGUUAGAGUUCAGCAAGCCAAACGCCACAUCCUCCUGUGCAGGCGGCAUGCCGGUUGUUGUGAGCUGUAUGCCCGGCCCCCUGUUUAUGCAAAACAGCGGUUUGAAAAAGAAAGUUAAAAUCUCGAGCAAUGUGAGGCUGAAAGGAGGCGCCAGGCUGGGAGAAGGCCGAGUUGAAGUGCUGAAGGACAAUGAGUGGGGGACAGUGUGUGAUGACCGCUGGAGCCUGCUGUCAGCCAGCGUUGUUUGCAGGGAGCUUGGUUUCGGCAGCGCAAAGGAAGCUCUUACUGGUGCCCGCUUGGGACAAGGAAUGGGUCCGAUCUAUUUGAACGAGGUGAAAUGUCUUGGAAAUGAGAAGUCGAUCUGGAACUGCCCAUUUAAAAACAUCACAUCAGAGGAUUGUCAGCACAUGGAAGAUGCCGCUGUUCGCUGCAACAUCCCUUACAUGGGCCUCGAGAACUCGAUCCGAAUCACAGGCGGACGAAGUCGCUAUGAGGGCCGCGUGGAGGUGCUGAGCUCUGACGUAGAUGGGACUGAGAGUUGGGGUCUGAUCUGUGGUGAGACCUGGACCACUAGGGAAGCCAUGGUGGCCUGCAGGCAGCUGGGUUUGGGCUACGCUAACCAGGGCCUGCAAGAAACCUGGUACUGGGACAGCAGCAAUGUUACAGAGAUGGUGAUGAGCGGCGUGAAGUGCACAGGAAACGAGAUGGCUCUGAGUCAGUGCCAGCAUCACAAAACCGUCAGCUGCCAGAAAGCGGCCGCUAAGUUUGCAGCAGGAGUCAUCUGCUCAGAGACGGCCUCUGACCUCGUUCUGAAUGCUCCUUUGGUCCAGCAGACAGUUUAUAUUGAGGAUCGUCCUCUGCACAUGCUCUACUGUGCUGCUGAGGAGGACUGCCUGUCUAAAUCUGCAGCAAAAGCAAACUGGCCAUACGGACACAGACGGCUGCUCCGCUUCUCAUCCGAGAUCCGCAACAUCGGGAGGGCUGACUUUAAGCCAAAAGCAGGGCGGCACUCGUGGGUGUGGCAUUCCUGUCAUGGCCACUAUCACAGCAUGGAUAUCUUCACCCACUAUGAUCUGCUGAAUGCUAAUGGCAGCAAAGUGGCAGAAGGCCACAAAGCCAGUUUCUGCUUGGAGGACACAGACUGUCAAGAAGGUAUUUCAAAACGAUACGAGUGUGCCAACUUUGGCGAUCAGGGCAUCACCGUCGGUUGCUGGGACUUGUACCGCCAUGACAUUGACUGCCAGUGGCUUGACAUCACAGACGUCAAACCCGGAAACUACAUCAUGCAGAUUGUGAUCAAUCCAAAUUAUGAAGUGGCAGAGAGCGACUUCACAAACAAUGCCAUGAGAUGCAACUGCAAAUAUGAUGGACAUAGGAUUUGGCUCCAUAACUGCCACAUUGGCGAUGCAUUCAGUGAGGAGGCAGAGAAGAGAUUUGAGAAAUACCCUGGACAGAUAAACAACAAGAUUUCCUAAUCAGGACUCAGUCUAGAUGGAAAAGUCGACAGUUUAGGAUGGAUGAAUAGAUAUAAACCUCCCUAGUUCAUACAGAAACUCACAAACACUUCAAGGUGCUUACAUGAAUCCCUACCACAUUAUUUCUUCAUAGUUGUCUUGUAAUUAUACUUGAAUAUUCAAGUGGUAAUGUUUAUGUCCUCUAGUUUAAUGUGAGUUUAUAUUUUUGUUUUUUACAAAUGUAGAUUUUAUAGUCUUACAGUCUAUGUUUGACAUGAUGUACAGCUUUCGAUUGAAUGUUUUAGCUGCAAAACCUGAAUGAAGCUUUAACGUUUGGUUUUUAAACAUGAUGUAACUAGAUUUAUUUUCUUUUAUUAUUUUAUGAUUCCAGCCAUGGACCUCAGUAAAGCCUUGAACCCAUAUUUAAAUUGUCUUCAGUAACCUGAACACAAUCAAAAGCCUCAGAACUGCAGUGACUUUGAAAAUGGUAUACAUCUUGUGUUUUUCACCCUUUGGCACGUUACAACAACAAACAGGGUUCCAGUAUAUUUUAUUGGGAUUUAAUGUAAUAGACCAACUGAUGUUAGUGGCAACUUGGUGGUGGCAACAUCAUGCUGUGGAGAUGCUGUACUCUAGCAGAGAUGAUACACUAUUCAGAGGGUGAGUUUGUGGUUGUAACAUGAUAAAACAUGGUUGUGCAAAAGGUAUAAAUAUUUUUCCAAGUCACGGUACUGGGGGCAGAGAACAAAUUUACCGAAAUGCAUCUUUAUGAGUGUCCUAGUGCUCUCAAACUGUGUAUAAUAGACAAAAAUACCUGUUUUCUUUUUCACUAGGCGUUAUGUCCUGAUUUGAUCAGGAUAGCUAGAAGCUUAAAUGUGAACAAACACCUUCGAAAAAUCUAUCUUCCAUCCCAAAUUUCUAUAUGCAAUUUUUGACUGCUUGAUUGGUUAGAACAAUUACAAUAUUUUCAGAAUGUAUUUAUUUCCAGUAUCAAGAUGCUCAUAAACAGUUUGUGUUUAUUGCCAAUUAUUUCAAAUCAAUAGACGUUUGAACCAGUUUGAAGUUCUAUGUCAUUUCAGCCUGGGAUUAUUCCAGUCUUUUAGUCAUUAACGUCCCUCUGCACUUGCAAAAAGAACCUGCCUUUACCUGAAGAUGUGUAUGUAUGCUAAUAUAACCACAUCGCUGCAUCAAAUAAAGCUAAAAUGAAA